GACGGUCUGUGCUCCAUUCUAACGCUGUGCCCUCUGCUUGCGCUCUGGUUUCCAUCCCCUCUUGCCUGCUGGAAGGCAUUGGUCCAGCAGUUCUCCCUGCUCUCUUCUGCAUCACUAUAUAUUUUUCUCUUUAAAAGGUUGUUCACAUCAGCAUAUCAGCGUGCUUUAAUUUCUCCUGUCUUAAAUAAAAACUCCGUUCCACAUGCCCUUUCAGCUAUCAUGCCAUUCUUUGCUCCUUAAAAGGCUUGUCUAUGCUUGUCUCUUAAUUCUUCUACCUGUAUCCGUUCUAGUCGGGCUGUCUCCCUCCUCCCCCUGCCAUGCUGAAACUGCUGAUAUUGAGGUCACUGAUGACUUGUUAGAAAUACAGUGGCCACUUUUUGGUUAUCAUCUUGCUUGUGAGCAGCAUUUGACACAGUUGAUCGGAUCCUCCUCCUGGAAACACUGUCCUCACUUGGCUUCCAGGACAGCGCCCUCUCCUGGUUCGGCUCUGACCCCUUAGCACUUCUUUUAGCCCCCUCUGCUUAUUCCGUCUCAAUUUCCUGCCCUCUAAAUAUUGGAGUGCCUCGAGUCUGUCUUUGACAUCUUCAUGCUUUUAGCUGCUCAGGACAGAAACUUUGGAAUCUUCCUUGACUCCUUUUCUCUUAGCCCCACACUCAACCUGUCAGCAAAUCCUGUCAGUUCUACCUUAAGAUGUGUUUGGAAUCUGGCUACUUUUCACCACCUCCACUGCAUCCACCUUAGACCAAGCCGUUAUUUCUUGGCUCCUUUAUUGCAUUAGCCUCCUGACCAGUCUCCCAGCUUUGUGCCUUUGUCUUUCUCCCUUCCCCCCAGAUUCUUAAUACAUUCGCCAGAAUUUUCCUUUUAACACAUGAGUCAGAAUGUGUCAGUCCUAUGCUCAGAACACUCUAAUGGUUCCCCCCACUCACAUUUUUUUUUAAAGUUUGAAUGCUAGCAUUUUGAACUUGUAUGUCUAAAGCCAAACUCCUGAUUUCACCCCAAAAUCUGUUUUGCCCACAGUCUUCUCCGUUUUAGUAAGUGCAACUCCAAGAGUGCAGAGCUGUUUGUCUUUUUUCUUAUUUCUGGCUGUAGCACUUAAAACAGCACCUGGCACAUAGUAGGCACUCAGUAUUAAUGAAUGAGAAGAAGCCGGUCUGGCAAAGAGCAGGGUAAGAGAAAAGAGUGUUCUAGAUAGAAUGAGCCACAAGUGCAGAAGGACGCAGUGGGGCGCAAGUUUGACAUAUUUAAGGAACUAAAAAGGCCAGUCUGUCAGGGGCUUAGCUACUGUAUAGGUUUCCUAUUGCUGUUGUAGCAAAUUAUGAUAAAUUUAGUGGCUUAAUACAAAUUUAUUAUCUAAAAGUGCUGGUGGUCAGAAGUACAAAAUGAGUCUUAAGGGGCUAAAAUCAAGGUGUUGGCUGAGCUGUGUACCUUCUGGAGGCCCUAGGGGAGAAUCUAUGUCCUUGCCUUUUCUAGCUUCCAAAGGCUGCCUGGAUUCCUGGUUCAUAGUACCUGCCUUCAUCUUCAAAGCCAGCAGCAUAACAUCUUCUAAUUUCUCUCUCUCUGAUUCCUACUCUCAUUGUCUCAUCACCUUCUCUGAUCUGACCCUCCUGUGUUCGUCUUAUAAGGACUGUUGUGAUUACAUCAUUGGGGCCACGUGGAUAAUCCAGAAUAGUCUCCCCAUCUCAGGAUCCUUGAUUUAAUCACUUCGGCAAAAUUCUUUUUGCCAAGUAAAUUUACAUAUUCACGGUUCCCAGGGCUUAGAACCUGGACUGCUUUGGCAGGAGUGAGAGAAGGCAUUAUUCAGCCUACCGCAGUUAAUGAAGGGGGAGUGGCCUGAAGACCAGAUGGUGAUCUGUCAUGAUUAGGAGCCUGUUUUUCAGUCAGAGUGCUGUUUUAAGUAAGGGAAUGAUAUAUCUGAUGUGAAAAGGUCAUCCUGGCUGCUGGAUAGAGAUUGGACUAUUGAGAUCAAGAGUGGAAGGUCUUAGCUUUUUAUUCUGUAGCAUUAUACAGUUGAUCUCAGUCUUGGCUGCACGUUGUUAUCAUCUGGGGAGUUUUAAAAAAUCCAGAUGCCCAGGCCACACCCCAGACCAAUUACAUCUGAACUUCGAGGUGGGACCCAGGACAGUAAUGAUGACAUUGAAGAUGUUUCACUGUUUGAUGCAGAAGAGGAGACAGCAAAUAGACCAAAAAAAUCCAAAAUCAGACACCCGGUGGCAUCAUUUUUCCAUUUAUUCUUUCGAGUCAGUGCAAUUGUAGUCUACCUUCUCUGUGAAUUGUUCAGCAGCAGCUUUAUUGCCUGUAUGGUGACAAUUAUCUUGUUGUUGUCAUGUGACUUUUGGGCAGUCAAGAAUGUCACAGGUAGACUAAUGGUUGGCCUGCGUUGGUGGAAUCAUAUUGAUGAAGAUGGAAAAAGCCACUGGGUCUUUGAGUCCAGGAAGGCAUCCCCUCAAGAGAGUAAAGCUAUUUCCGAGGCUGAAUCAAGGAUCUUUUGGUUAGGACUCAUUGCCUGUCCAGUGCUGUGGGUGAUAUUUGCCUUUAGUGCUCUCUUCUCCUUCAGGGUGAAGUGGUUGGCAGUGGUUAUUAUGGGUGUGGUGCUACAAGGUGCCAACCUGUAUGGCUACAUCAGGUGCAAAGUGGGCAGCAGAAAGAAUUUAACCAGCAUGGCUACAUCUUACCUUGGAAAACAGUUUUUAAAACAAAACACUGGAGAUGAUCAGACUUCCUGAAGAGAACGAGAGAAAGCUCAUGUGUUCUGUUCCACUGGGGAACAACUGAAGAGAUUCUUGACUCUGAACCUUGUAGAACUCAGUACAUGUUGCAAAGAGGAGUGUUGGGUUUGUUUUUCCAUUUUAAAAUUUACUUAAAAAAAGGAAAAGUAGUUUUCGUAUUAAGUUUUUAUUUUCUUUCUAGCAUUUGGGGCUUGAAAGUAUGGUGUUGCUAGAAGCAUUGUCAGAAUUUAGUUCAUGGUAUACUUGUAUGUAUGCAUAUAGUCAUGUAAUAUCCAUAUAUCCCAAAUUAAAAAAAAUAUUUGUGUUCAUGUACCUGUGUAAUGGAGACCUUUGCAUUUUGAUCCAUAGAACACAGAAGGAUGUUCUUAGUUUAUGUCAAAACUCAAUGUACUUACAUAUUAUUUCCGUAGAUUAUUUUCAUUAUUAUUUUUGUGUGUGUAUGUGUGUGUAAGAUCAGCCCUGAGCUAACAUCCAUGCCAAUCCUCCUCUUUUUUGCUGGGGAAGACUGGCCUUGAGCUAACAUCCGUGCCCAUCUUCCUCCACUUUAUGUGGGACUCUGCCACAGCAUGGUCUGACAAGCAGUGCAUCGGUGCGCGCCCAGGAUCCGAAUCCCGGGCCGCCAGCAGCGGAGCGCGUGCACUUAACUGCUACGCCACGGGGCCGGCCCCUCGGUAGAUUAUUUUCCGAAGAAAGUUUUGCUUCCAUGUUAAGAGUGAGCACUUUGACUCAUGUAUCAGUUAGAAAUAAUUGUUAAUUUUACAAUGUAAUAUAUACUUCAUGAUGAAACUUGUUAUCCUAGGCAUUCACAGGCAGGUAAAAACCAAAUCUGGGCCAGUGGCAUUAACUAGUUUCUAAAAUUUUGUUUAUUUUUAUUUGUAACAAAUCAUGUACUUAAGGCCCAGUUAAUAUAAAUGGAAUUUUUAUAGUUUAUGUUCAAGGGAUACCUAGGGGUUGCUGCUGUUUUAUUUAUUUUGUGGAAAAGAUAGCCAGAUUUUACCUUGGCACUUCCUGGAGGCUCUUCAGUGGUCCUUGGCUUAAUGAAAUCUAUCUUUUACCACUAAGAGUAUGAUUCUUAUGUCAUAGUGAGAAUAAUCAUUUCUCACUAUGGUAAGUGCCUAAAAGACAUUUUAUUUUAUGAAUCUAUUUUUUCUUACUAUAAUGGGGGUAUUGUAAAUCAUGCAUUUGUAUUAAUGGUAUUUCCUAAAGCAAUAUAUGUAACAAUCUACAAACUAUUGUAGGUGUGUAAAUUCUGUUGUAGGUACAAGAGUCCCCCCUUAUCCUUGGGGGAUAUGUUUCAAGACCCCCAGUGGAUGCCUGAAAUCGCAGAUAGUACCGAACCCUGUAUGUACUAUGUUUUUUCCUACAUAUACAUAUUUGAGGUGUGACAGCAAAACUAAAAUGAAUUUCUUUUUCCUUCUUCACAAUUUCAUGGAUAGAAGAUUCAUUCUUACUGUAGGUCUUAGCAACCUCAGCAUACGGUUUUUUUUCUUUCCUUAUUAAGUUGACAACUUUUACCUUUUCACUUAAAGGAAACACUUUACAGCUUCUCUUGGGCAUAUGCGAAUUGCCAGCAUCACUACACUUGUGCUUUUGGGCCAUUAAGUAAAAUAAGGGUUACUUGAAUACAAACACUGCGAUAUCGUGAUAGUCGACCUGAUAACUGAGAGGGCUCCUAAGUGGCUAACAGGUGAGUAGUAUAUACAGUGUGGAUACGCUGGACAGAGGGAUGAUUCACGUCCCAGACGAUACGGAGCGGGAUGGUGCAAGAUUCCAUCAUGCUACUCAGAAUGGCACCUAAUUUAAAACUUACGAAAUGUUUAUUUCUGGAAUUUUCCAUUUAAUAUUUUCUGACUGCAGUUGACUGUGGGUAACUGAAACUGUGAAAAGUGAAACCUUGGAUAAGGAGGAACUACUGUAUACUGUAAACUUUGUUGGAGUCUUUGAAUCAACAGAUUAUUUUGUGAAUGUAUUUAUACAUUGUUAAAAAUUUUAAAAAGAUGUUUUGUUUAAUGGAAUAAAUGUCUUUAUUGGA